UAGUGGGAAAAGGGAGGUUGGAAGAGUUCGCUGUGUCUUCAAGUGUCGUGCAUGCAUUUUAUGCAUCCAUUUUGCGUUUGCAUGCACACGCUUUCCUUGCCUCCCUGGACUUGCCCGCCGUCGCGACCUUGGUGGCUGGAAGUUGAGACUUUGUUGAUCUGAGGAGCUCUCCUUUUGGAUUCUUGCUGAAUUUCUGCAAAAGGUAGAGAGUCUGUAGACUAGAUGAGAAGAGGAAGAAAAGGGAGGAGAAAGCAUGGUUUUGUUUGCAGAGUUGUCAGGUGAAAUCCACAACGAUGUUAGGGUUUUGAUUAAGGGAUAGAGACGAAAGGUUAGAGGGGGGAUUGAUUAGGUGAAUGGCGUCGAAGAUUUGCAUGAAUGCCUCAUGCGGCGCGACAUCGUCGAUCGAAUGGAGAAAAGGGUGGGGUCUACGAUCUGGCGGAUUUGCUAAUCUCUGCGACAAGUGCGGGUCUGCUUAUGAUCAAUUAGUUUUCUGUGAUACAUUUCAUUUGAACGAAUCUGGUUGGAGGGAGUGCAGUUCAUGUGGCAAGCGUCUGCAUUGUGGCUGUAUUGCUUCAAAGCCUGCACUUGAGCUACUUGACAAUGGUGGUGUAGCAUGUAUUGGCUGUUUAAAGAGCUCAGAGUUUUCCUCUAUCCCUAGUGAUGAAAAACCAUACAAAUUUGGGGAUUCUCCAAUGGAUAUCAUUGGUGAACCUCGAUCUACAUCUGUGGACAAUAAAAUAGAUGCUGAGGGUGUUGAUAAGGUGAAGCUUAUUUAUUUUGGAAAAGGUGUGGAGGGAAAUGGACUGAACAGCUUGCUUCAAUCUCAGAAAGAUGAAACAAUUGAAUCCCUUGGGCAAAUAAAACGAGAGCAACUCAUGCCUCCUCUUGGGGAAGUUGGAAGCUCGAGCUUUUCAAAUUUAAAUCUUGCAUCUAUUGGGUCCUCUCAAGUUGUCAAAGGAGAUAAUACUAAAGAAACCAUAGGGGUUAAAGAUGUCUAUAGCUCACUCUCUCAGACAUGCUUGAAUAUUACCCUGGGCGCACCUUCAGGUCCUUCAAACAUUGCACUCCCUAUUCCCAGUGCAGUUGUUGAAGGAAGGGAGCAAAGCAAAACACCAUCUCCCUUUCAACAAGGGCCAAGAUCCCGCCAACUUUUGCCAAAGCCCCCAAAAGCAAGUCUGAGUGGGAGUCUGGAGGCCAAUAAGGACAUGCUUCCACAGAUACGUGUUGCAAGGCCACCUGCUGAGGGACGGGGGCGGAACCAGUUGCUUCCCCGUUAUUGGCCAAGAAUAACAGACCAAGAACUGCAACAGAUAUCUGGAGAUUCAAAUUCCACCAUCGUGCCAUUGUUCGAGAAGGUUCUGAGUGCCAGUGAUGCAGGUAGAAUUGGUCGUUUAGUUCUCCCAAAAGCAUGUGCUGAGGCAUAUUUCCCCCCUAUCUCUCAGCCAGAAGGCCUUCCAUUAAAGAUUCAGGAUGCUAAAGGGAAAGACUGGGUGUUUCAGUUCAGAUUUUGGCCUAAUAACAACAGUAGGAUGUAUGUCUUAGAGGGUGUAACCCCUUGCAUCCAGUCUAUGAAAUUACAAGCUGGUGAUACUGUAACAUUCAGCCGGAUAGAUCCUGAAGGAAAACUUGUGAUGGGAUUUCGAAAGGCAGCAAAUUCUGCCCCCAUGCAGGAUACUCAAAUAUCUGCCCUUGCUAAUGGUGCACUUGCCAACGAAACUUUCUUUUCGGGUGUUAUUGAGAACCUACCUAUAAUAAGUGGUUACUCUGGCCUUCUUCAGUCACUGAAGGGAAGAACAGUUCCUCACUUGAAUGCUCUGUCGGAACACUUAAGUUCAGCUGAUGGGGACAUUAACUGGCAUAAAACCGAGAAGCACGGGAGUAGGACAAAUGAGGGUCCAGCGUUGCAACCCAUGAAAAGGAGUCGAAACAUUGGAUCCAAAAGUAAGAGGUUACUUAUAGAUAGUGAAGAUGCUCUGGAACUGAAGCUUACUUGGGAAGAGGCACAAGAUUUGCUCCGUCCACCCCCAAGUGUCAAACCUAGCAUCGUUAUGAUAGAGGACCAUGUAUUUGAAGAAUAUGAAGAACCUCCAGUUUUUGGGAAGAGGACUAUUUUUACAGCCCAACCAUCUGGGAAAUUGGAUCAAUGGACUCAGUGUGACAACUGCUCUAAAUGGCGAAGGUUGCCUGUGGAUGCUCUUCUCCCUCCAAAGUGGACAUGUGUGGAUAAUGUAUGGGAUACAGAUAGGUGUUCAUGCUCUGCACCCAAUGAGAUGAGCCCAAAGGAACUGGAAAAUCUCCUCAGACUGAAUAUGGAUUUGAAAAAAAGGAGAAUUUUGGCAAGCCAAAAACCAUCCCAGGAGCGUGAACCUUCAGGCUUAGACGCAUUAGCCACUGCAGCAGUCCUUGGAGACAAUGGGGGGGACUCAGGGCCGCCAUCAGUUGCAACCACUACCAAACACCCCCGGCAUCGUCCUGGCUGCACAUGCAUUGUGUGCAUCCAGCCCCCCAGUGGGAAAGGCCCAAAGCACAAGCCUACAUGCACUUGCAAUGUGUGCAUGACUGUGAAGCGCCGCUUCAAAACACUCAUGAUGCGCAAGAAGAAACGCCAAUCUGAGCGUGAAGCAGAAAUUGCCCAGAGAAAGCAGCAUAUUUGGGGUCCCAAAGAUGAAACUGAAGUAGAGAACACAUCCAAAGGUGUACUACUGCAAUUAGAUGCUACAGACAGUGAGAACAGGCAAGCAAACGAGUCAGGAUCCGUUGGAGGCCAAACCAGAAUCUUGAUGGAGAAGGCUGGUGAGAACAGCAAGGCACAAAUAGACUUAAACUGUCAACCGGACCGUGAAGAAGAACAGCAAGCUGGGUCAACACGUGUGAGCAUGAUGAGUCUUCUUCAAGUGGCGAGUCUCCCAUUGGAGACGUAUUUGAAACAGAAUGGGCUCACAAGUUUGGUGAGCGAGCAACAAGCAAGCUCAAGCUCUCAUGUCGUGCCGCAGGCCACUGGGGGUGGGGAGAGUGAGGGACAGCGACCUGAGGAGGGUUGCUUUGCCUCUGGAGUACGAGAGAGCGGUGGUGAUGAAGAAUGUAUUGAGCCUGAUCAAGCCAAAAGUGAUGCUGUUGCAUGAAGGAUUUUUUCCCCCCGUGCUUUCUGCACCUGGGCUUAGAAAAUAUAGAAAUUAAAUUUGUUUUUUUUUCUUUUAUAGGGGUUGUAUUUAAUUCUGCAGCCAAAUAGGAGAAUACCAAUAUGCAAUAUUAUAUUACUUUGUUUUCCUUUUUUUUUUUUGUUGGUUCCUCCCUUCUAAUUUCUAAGUGUAAAUUAAUUACUUGUUACAUGUUUUGCUGUGAAUGGAUGAAUACAAAGGGUGAACAUUGGGGAGAGCGAGGUGGUGUUUGAAGA